CUGACUCUGGAAGAAAUGACCAGUACAAUAACUGGUAGUCAGGAUGAUUUUGUGAAUCUUCAAGGGGAAGUAUAUGGGGAGCCUGAACUAGGUCUCCCCACUUGUCAAAAGGAGGGAGAAGCCUCUUCUCAUACUUCCAGAAAGAACAGUGUGGUGACUCUUCAAAGUCAUGAUUUCAAAAACACUGAAAGUGAAAAAUAUUUGUCGUUGAAAGCUCGAAGCCAAAUGGCCACACAAGACUCUUCAGCGAAGGCCUGUAAGAAUGAGCCUCAGGAUGCUCAGGAUAGCAAACGUCUCUUUGUAACUGAAGAAAGCACUGAGAGCAAAGUGAUAAGUGGGGGAAAUUCUCCCAUGGAUCAUUGUUCAGAGAACCUUCAAGUUAAACCUGUGUCUGAUAUAACAGAACUGGACUCACCAUUGUCCAGUGGUGAAGCAGCUCACCAGAAUGGCCAGUUGAAAGACUCUUUGGAUCCCUUUGACUGUAACUGCAAAGACAUUUAUGGAUGGAAAUCACGGUUGGUCAGUUGUAGUCAGCAGACAAUUUGUGCAGAGGAGAAACCAUGUAACCGUAAUGACAAUGGGGAAUUACUUAACCAAGGUGCUCAUCCAUCUGAGGAAAUCCACACUGCAGAGAAACUCUACAAAUGUGUUCAGCGUCAUAAGGACUUCAGUCAAAGCUCAAAGCUGCUGCUUCAUCAGAGAGACCAAACGGAAGAAAAACCAUACAAAUGUGAGCAGUGUGGGAAGGGCUUCACCAGGAGCUCAAGUCUUCUUAUCCAUCAAGCAGUCCACACGGAUGAGAAACCUUACAAGUGCGACAAGUGUGGGAAGGGCUUCACUAGGAGCUCAAGUCUGCUUAUUCAUCAUGCAGUCCAUACAGGUGAGAAACCUUAUAAAUGUGACAAGUGUGGGAAGGGCUUUAGUCAGAGCUCCAAACUGCACAUCCACCAGCGAGUGCACACUGGGGAGAAGCCCUAUGAGUGUGGAGAGUGUGGUAUGAGCUUCAGUCAACGCUCAAACCUGCAUAUCCACCAGCGUGUCCACACAGGAGAGAGACCCUACAAGUGUGCUGAGUGUGGGAAGGGCUUCAGUCAGAGCUCAAACCUCCACAUUCAUCGGUGCAUCCACACAGGAGAGAAGCCUUACCAGUGCUACGAGUGUGGGAAGGGCUUCAGCCAGAGCUCAGAUCUUCGCAUCCAUCUCAGAGUCCACACUGGAGAGAAGCCCUAUCACUGUGGCAAGUGUGGGAAAGGGUUUAGCCAGAGUUCCAAACUCCUCAUCCACCAGAGGGUGCACACUGGAGAGAAGCCCUAUGAGUGUAGCAAGUGUGGAAAAGGAUUCAGCCAGAGCUCCAACCUGCACAUUCACCAGCGGGUUCACAAGAAAGAUCCCCAUUAAAGGAU